GAGGACCUGCGAGAAGAGAAAAAAGCGAGAGCCGAUAUUCGGAAGCAGCGGAAGGGGAAGGAAAGGAAGGAAGCGAAGAGGGAGGGGCGCGGCAGCACAAGAGCGGCGUCUAGGGUUCGCGUGUCGAUCCGGGCCAUUUCGCUUCACUCUCGGAUUCUCGAUGAUUGUAGUUUGAGCUUGGGGGGGUCCAUCUCUGGUUUCCUAGUCAGUUGGUCAGAUCAAAAUGGUGUGGUUUAGGGCAAGUUCCAGUGCAGCAAAGCUUGUUGUCAGGAGAGCUCUCUCUCAAAGUAGAUCCUAUGUGACUAGAUCACGAAUUCUUCCGUCACAAGAGCGAUGUUUUCAUGCUACAGCUUUUAGACCAAAGGCACAGGCUGCUCCUGUCCCUCGCCCUGUUCCACUCUCAAGGCUUACCGAUAGCUUCUUGGAUGGGACAAGUAGCGUUUACUUGGAAGAGCUUCAGAGGGCAUGGGAGGCUGACCCAAAUAGCGUUGAUGAAUCAUGGGACAAUUUUUUUAGAAACUUUGUGGGUCAAGCAGCAACAUCUCCCGGCAUUUCAGGGCAGACAAUCCAAGAGAGCAUGCGUCUGUUGUUAUUUGUGAGGGCUUACCAAGUGAAUGGUCAUAUGAAAGCCAAAUUGGAUCCUCUGGGUUUGGAGGAAAGAGAAAUUCCAUCUGAUUUGGACCCUGCUCUCUACGGGUUCACUGAAGCUGAUCUAGACAGAGAAUUUUUCAUAGGGGUAUGGAGGAUGGCUGGUUUCUUGUCUGAGAACCGACCAGUCCAAACACUAAGAUCCAUUUUAACCAGGCUUGAGCAGGCUUACUGUGGGAGCAUUGGAUAUGAGUAUAUGCACAUUGCUGACCGUGAAAAAUGCAACUGGUUGAGAGAUAAGAUUGAAACACCAACACCUAUGCAGUACAAUCGCCAACGUCGGGAAGUUAUUCUUGAUAGGCUUAUAUGGAGCACACAAUUUGAAAACUUCUUGGCCACCAAGUGGACAACAGCCAAAAGGUUCGGUCUUGAAGGUGGUGAAACUCUGAUUCCUGGGAUGAAGGAAAUGUUUGAUAGGUCAGCAGAUCUUGGGGUUGAGAGCAUCGUCAUUGGAAUGCCUCACAGAGGUAGAUUAAAUGUUCUAGGGAAUGUUGUUCGAAAACCACUCCGACAAAUAUUUAGCGAGUUCAGUGGCGGUACAAAACCAGUGGAUGAAGUUGGGCUUUACACAGGUACUGGUGAUGUGAAGUACCACCUGGGUACUUCCUAUGAUAGACCAACUCGGGGUGGGAAAAGAAUACAUUUGUCAUUGGUGGCAAAUCCAAGUCACUUGGAAGCUGUGGACCCAGUGGUGGUUGGUAAAACUAGGGCCAAGCAGUAUUACUCAAAUGAUGUCGAGAGAACAAAGAAUAUGGGUAUUCUGAUUCAUGGUGAUGGUAGCUUUGCUGGACAGGGUGUGGUGUAUGAGACUCUACAUCUUAGCGCCCUUCCAAAUUAUACCACUGGUGGGACAAUACAUAUAGUCGUAAACAACCAGGUUGCCUUUACCACUGACCCGAGGGCUGGUCGAUCAUCUCAGUACUGUACUGAUGUUGCUAAGGCAUUGAAUGCCCCCAUAUUUCACGUGAAUGGUGAUGAUGUGGAAGCUGUUGUUCAUGUCUGUGAGCUUGCAGCUGAGUGGCGACAGACUUUUCAUUCAGAUGUGGUGGUUGAUUUAGUGUGUUAUCGUCGGUUUGGACACAACGAGAUUGAUGAACCGUCUUUCACUCAGCCAAAAAUGUAUAAGGUUAUUCGAAAUCAUCCUUCUGCUCUUGAAAUCUAUCGAAAGAGACUCUUAGAGUCUGGGCAGGUUACCAAAGAGGACAUUGAGAAGAUACAAAGCAAGGUUAAUACAAUACUCAAUGAAGAAUUCCUUGCUAGCAAAGAUUAUGUUCCCAAAAGGAGGGACUGGCUUUCAUCUCACUGGUCUGGGUUUAAAUCACCUGAACAGCUUUCUCGCAUCCGGAAUACUGGUGUGAAGCCAGAGAUUCUGAAAAAUGUUGGCAAAGCAAUUACAACUCUGCCUGAAACCUUUAAGCCCCACAGAGCAGUGAAGAAGGUCUAUGAUCAACGAGCCCAGAUGAUUGAAACUGGGGAAGGUAUUGAUUGGGCAGUGGCAGAAGCACUUGCUUUUGCCACACUACUCGUAGAAGGUAACCAUGUUAGGUUGAGCGGUCAGGAUGUCGAAAGAGGUACCUUUAGUCAUCGGCAUUCAGUACUUCAUGAUCAGGAAACUGGGGAGCAGUACUGCCCUCUUGACCAUGUGAUGAUGAAUCAAAAUGAGGAAAUGUUUACAGUUAGUAACAGCUCACUCUCUGAGUUUGCUGUUCUUGGGUUUGAAUUGGGCUACUCUAUGGAAAAUCCAAAUUCCCUAGUACUAUGGGAAGCUCAAUUUGGUGACUUUGCCAAUGGAGCUCAAGAUUUUGACCAGUUUUUGAGUAGUGGGGAGUCUAAGUGGCUACGACAAACUGGGCUUGUCGUGCUGCUUCCUCACGGUUAUGAUGGCCAGGGCCCUGAACAUUCAAGUGCACGUUUGGAGCGUUUCCUUCAGAUGAGUGAUGACAACCCAUAUGCGAUACCUGAGAUGGAGCCAACUCUCCGAAAGCAGAUUCAGGAAUGCAAUUGGCAGGUUGUGAACACCACAACUCCCGCUAAUUACUUCCAUGUCUUGCGGAGACAGAUUAACAGAGAAUUCCGUAAACCUCUCAUCGUAAUGGCUCCUAAGAACUUGCUUCGGCAUAAGGAUUGCAAAUCAAAUCUAUCCGAGUUUGAUGAUGUACAAGGACAUCCAGGUUUUGACAAACAGGGCACUAGAUUCAAGCGCCUCAUUAAGGACCAGAAUGAUCACUCAGAUCUUGAGGAGGGCAUCAGAAGACUGGUUCUUUGCUCUGGAAAGGUUUACUAUGAGCUUGAUGAGGAGCGUAAGAAGGUUGGCGGAAAGGACGUUGCAAUUUGUAGGGUGGAACAGCUGUGCCCCUUCCCAUAUGAUCUUGUCCAACGAGAGUUGAAGCGAUAUCCAAAUGCGGAAAUAGUCUGGUGCCAGGAAGAGCCUAUGAACAUGGGUGCUUACAGCUACGUUGCACCCCGUCUCUCGACUGCAAUGAAAGCACUGGGCCGAGGAACUUUUGAGGAUAUCAAAUACGUUGGCCGUGCUCCAUCUGCUGCCACAGCCACUGGAUUCUAUCAGGUGCAUGUUAAGGAACACACCGAGCUCAUGCAGAAAGCCCUGCAACCUGAACCGAUAAACUAUCCAUUUUAAAGCUUGUUCUACAGGAGAGCGGGGGACUAGCAAAGAAGAGUUUGUGAUGAAAGGUAUAGAAACUCUCUUUUAAUUUCUUAUACUUGAAAAUUUGUUCUAUUUGCUAUUUUCUUCCUGAUAUGCCUGUUGUGGGCGCCUUGAUAUUUCCGGACGAGCUUGUCUCCAUUGGAGUUUUUUAUGCUUGUUCUAUGUACUGCAAAAAAAGCGGUGUUGAAAUAAAACUGAGAUAAAGCUGCCAACACUCCAUUGAGCUGCAUUAUGUUUGCAA